GUUUUAGCCAGCUAACUCGUUCGUUGCAGUAUUAACGGACUUAAUGCUAGCUAACUGCUAACAACAGGACCAGAGGAAACAAACUGAAGGGAUAACGCGGUUUCUUUGGGGGCUGAUCUACUGUGAGUCACGACAACCUAUGAUUCAAUAAAUUAUUUACCUGCCCGUCAAUAUUUUGGUCGGGCCCAAACUUUCUGGAUGAUUCUCCCGAAAAUUUAAGGCCCUGAAUCCACGGUGCGUUGGUAGGCGACAGCCGCGGACCAUCGUGCUUUCUGAGGAAGCACUGCUGUAACUGAGCUGAACAAAGUCUUAUGAAAUAUCAAUACAUCAACGUUUUGCUGUAGCCACGACCAUCCCGAACACAAUGUCACAUAACGGGCCUCCUCCUCGAUGGCGGAAUUGUCCCAGAAGAGGACAACCUGUGGCAAACAAAUUCCUGCCGAUGAAAACAAUGUUGGGUCCCAAAUAUGAUGACAAAGUUCCAGAGGAGAAUAGAUUUCAUCCAAGCAUGCUGUCAAACUAUUUAAAAAGUCUAAAGGUGAAAAUGGGUUUGCUGGUGGAUCUGACCAACACUACUCGCUUUUAUGACCGCAAUGACAUUGAAAAAGAAGGCAUAAAAUAUGUGAAGCUUCAGUGUAAAGGCCAUGGAGAAUGCCCCUCAACGGAGACCACUGAAAUGUUCAUCAGGCUUUGUGAACACUUCAUGGAUAAGAAUCCCACAGAGUUAAUAGGUGUACACUGCACACACGGCUUCAAUCGGACUGGCUUUCUGAUAUGUGCAUACCUGGUGGAGAAGAUGGACUGGAGUGUGGAGGCAGCUGUGGCUGCUUUUGGUCAGUCCCGAGCCCCUGGGAUCUACAAGGGAGACUACCUCAAAGAGCUUUUCCGUCGCUACGGCGAUGUGGAGGAUACACCCCCUGCCCCUGCACUGCCAGAGUGGUGCUUUGAUGAUGAUGAUGGGGAUGUGGACGAUGACGGGAAUGUAAUUGGCCAGGAGUCAGGCCCCAGCUCCUCAGGGUCAGGGCCUGGCAAACGAAAGAAAGAGAAGCUAAAAAUGGAUGCAGUAUUCCUUGAAGGCAUCAAAGUGAAAGGCGUCACACAGGUCACCUCGCAACCCAAACUGGGACAGAUCCAAAGAAGAUGUCAGGAGUUUUGCCAGUGGGAAAAGUCUGGUUUUCCUGGUGCCCAGCCUGUGUCCAUGGAUAGGAGAAACCUGCACUUCCUAGAGCAGAAUCCAUACAAAGUUAGCUGGAAGGCUGAUGGCACACGGUACAUGAUGCUGAUCAGUGGAAAGAAUGAAGUGUACAUGAUCGACAGAGACAACACAGUCUUUCACAUAGACAACCUAGAGUUCCCUUUCCGUAAAGAUCCACGCGUCCAUUUAUCCAACACUUUGCUGGAUGGGGAGAUGAUCAUUGACAAGGUGAAUGGCCAGCCGGUGCCCCGCUAUUUGAUCUACGACAUCAUCAAAUUCAAUGAACAGCCUGUUGGCCAGUGCGAUUUCAAUAUCCGGCUGUUAUGCAUAGAAAAGGAGAUAAUUUCUCCCCGGAUGGAAAAGAUGAAGAAUGGACAGAUUGACAAAAGCAAGGAGCCCUUCAGUGUUCGAAACAAGCCCUUCUUUGACAUUCAUGCUUCACGAAAGUUACUGGAAGGCAGCUUCACAUCCCAAGUCAGCCAUGAAGUCGAUGGGCUUAUCUUCCAGCCGUGCGGGCGAUACAAGCCUGGGAGGUGUGAUGACAUUCUCAAGUGGAAGCCCCCCAGCCUUAACUCGGUGGACUUUCGCCUCAAGAUCACCAAAGUCGGAGGAGAAGGGCUGCUCCCCCAGACUGUUGGCUUGCUGUACGUCGGCAGCUAUGACAGGCCCUUUGCACAGAUGAAGGCCACUAAGGAGCUGAAGCAGUACGACAACAAGAUCAUCGAGUGUACCUUUGAAAACAACAGCUGGGUUUUCAUGAGGCAGAGGAUAGACAAGAGCUUCCCCAACUCCUACGACACAGCCAUGGCUGUGUGCAACAGCAUCCAGCAUCCCGUCACUAAGGAAAACCUCUUGGAGUUUCUGGACCGCAGCGCCCAGGGAGUCCAAGCCCAGAAUCGGAAACACCCACCGGACCCGGACACUGAGCUGAUGCCCCCUCCCCCUCCGAAGAGACCCAACCGGGCCAUCCCAUAGGCCGCUCUGGACCUGCUCCACGCUCGUGGUGUAUAUCCAUGUCUGCAGCACCAGCCGCACCAUCAUCCUCACCCAAAAAAAAAAAAAAAAAAAAAAAAAAACGGACAUUGAAGGCUUUCUUAUCCCCAGCACAUUUGUUUUAGCAGCCUUUAACAGGCCCAGUUAUCUAAAGACUUCCAGAAACCUUAUGAUUGACCGCCUCUACGCCAUUAGAUUCACCUUGUAGACUUCCUCUUAGCUUUAAUUGCCGUUGUUCUUAUUAAAAUGGAAAACAUGACGGUUGGUUUAUUUUAUUAUUUUUUUUUCUUUUCUAUUUAUCUUUUGUAAUGUCUGAGGUAAUGAGUAUUUAUCAACAGGGAAAUUGUUAUGGCUACAGAUGCACCUGACAAUGCAGACCUUGUUUAUGUUUUUUUUAAUCCAACAAUUGCUUGUUUUGUCUUGGAGGACUAAACAACAUCAGCGCUGGAUCCUUCUGUCGUAACAGUAACUAAAAUGAAGGAACAAUGAAUUUCAAUCUAUUUGCAGCAUAGAUCUGACUUAGAUCUACAUAACCUGUGCUGGGUAACAAAUGACUUAGAUAUACUGUCAUACAGAUAUGUUCCAUAUCGGGGUUCGUACAGAUUUUUGUAUCAAUAAUCCAAAAACAGUAGUAGAGUAGACUACAUCCAUGCAUCUGCAAAGAUUUUGUCCCAAGAAACCUCCUCUCACUAGACUGAUGCUACUACAUAUGAUUUGGUGCAUAAUUUUAUGGGAGGUGAAUGCAGACAACACAUCAUUAUACAUUCACUACAAACAAUCUCCGUCUUAAGAAUUCAUUUAGCCCCACAUCCACUGUUAAAAUCUUGUUUUUCUUAAUGCUAGAGAAGAAAAUCUGCCAUUUGGAACAGAUAAUCCCACUUGUUUCCAGUGCUAAUCAACUUGUUUCAGCAUAUUUAUACUUGUUCCCAGAAAGAAAAAAAAAAUCUGAAACAAGUGAAACUGUAGUGGAAACAAGUGGGAUUAUCUCAUCCUGCUGGCACAGUUUUUUUUUUCACUUGUCCUCAGUAAAAAAAAGAUGUUUUAACACUGAAUGUGAGACUAAAUGACUAGUUAAAAUGGGUUUUGUUCUUCCUGUGAAAGCUAUGUAAGCCUUUAACCUCUCUCUGGAGGAAGGCAAGCAAAAGCAGAUUUUCACUUCAUGGGUAUCAAAAAAAAAAAAAA